AUGUCUUCAUACUACUCGUUCCAACACCAGGCGCAUCCUACCCCCGCCGUCCCCGGCGCCUCUCACAACCACCAUGGCGGCCGCAAUCGCAGACAACCCAGGCUCUCCGUCUCCCAGAACGCCCACAAGCAGUUCCGCGGUGUUCGCAGCAUGAAGGAGCUCACCGAGACUGCUUCCAUCAACGCUUUCCGCACAAAGUUCGAGGCUGGCCGCUCGUUCGACCUCGAGGACGACAUGGAAUUCUGCCCUGGCCUGUUGACCGACAGCGACAUGAACUCCAUCCACAGCUCUUCUGAGCGCUCCUCCCUGGCGAGCAACUCCCCCGAGUCAUCUCCGACGCAGCAGCCUCAGCAGGUCGCUACCUUCAACCUCAACUCCGCGUCCCCCGCCUUCAUUCCUCCCGCCUACCAGCACACCGCCAUGAAGAUCCACCAGCCUUCUGCUACCCGUGCCCGCAACGCCAUCCCCAUCGUUAACCCUGCCACUGGCAUCCAGAUGUCCAGCCCGCCGCCUUCGGUGUCCCCCGCCAGGAUGCAGCAAGGCAUGCGCAGGUGGUAG